CUCUGAUUCGGAGAUCAUUGUUACACAGCGUACUUAAAGAGCCGUGCUGCCAUCUCGGCCGAGGGAACCUUAUCUUGCCGAUUUGUGACCAGCUCGUUUAGUGAUCAAAGCGUGGAUCGAGCCUUGUCCAAAAUGAAUUUAGUCACAUGAGGCUCAAUUCACGUGAGGCAAUAGAACAAUAUCGUUGCGAUACUACGCCGAUGAGAAGAUGGAUUCAUUGCAGUAUAAUGUUGUAGGAGAGGAUGUGUCUUUAAUGAGGUUCUGCCCCGCAUCGACGCUAUAAUCAGCUUCCCGGCCCUUACCUCCAGAGCUCCCUCACUUUCUUUAGCCAGUAAGCGAGCUAACCACAAACGACUGAUUCACACGAGAACAAUAGCAAGACCUCUAUCAGAUAUCAAUCAGAUGGCGAGAUGACAAGUUCCACCCAUGACAUACCCCGUCAAACGAUCACAGAGACCAAAGCAACUCCAUAAAGUGCGCUUUAUGUCCCGGGCCAUGGCUUCGCCUUCUUCCUCGCAACAUACUUCACCCCGCCCACGCUCACCAACAGAAACGGCAGAGAGCUCCAGUGAUAACAUAGGCAAUAUUUCUCAGAUCCAACCGGGCAUAUCGCCCAACGAACUUCCUUCAGACACAGAGUCCGCAGAGGAAGAAAUUUGGCAAGACGAACCUGCCAGUCCCGUGACUAUGACGACGACAUAUCAGAUCCCCACCCUCUUCACCCACGAGCCGCCUAUCCAUGAUCUCCUGGCAACAGAAACCUCCGAGAAGCAAGACGAAGUUGUAGAAACAUGCGCUCCCUUCCUAUCUGCCCAGUCGGAUGAGUUCAGCUACUACAACGAACAUGGAGUCCCGCACUUACUCCGCGAAAAGCACAUCAACUUCUGCCACAAGCAGCUCAACCCCCUCCCUGCGCCGUUCACUAGGGCUGAUGCUGCUCGUCCGUGGUUCUUCUACUGGACGCUCACUGCGUUGAGUGCAUUGGGAGAGGACGUUGGUCAGUAUAGGGAACGACUGAUCAGCACCGUGGCGCCACUUCAGAAUUCCACUGGGGGGUUUGGAGGCGGUCAUGGGCAGAUGAGCCAUUUGGCAACGACGUAUGCUACCGUGCUCUCGUUGACCAUGGUAGGAGGAGAGGAUGCAAUUAAUGCCAUUGAUCGGAAGGCAAUGUGGCAAUGGCUGUCCAGGUUGAAGCAGUCGGAUGGAGGAUUCCAAAUGUCUAUCGGAGGAGAGGUUGACGUCAGGGGAGCAUACUGUGCAGCGAUGCUGGUGAAGCUUCUCAGGCUUCCCCUCCAUCUGGCCGAUGGAUCACCGGCCAAGGCUGAAAAUUUCGAUCUUUUCACAGGUCUUGGAGAAUAUGUGUCACGAUGUCAAACAUAUGAGGGUGGUAUUGCUAGCCGCCCGGACACAGAGGCUCAUGGUGCGUAUGCCUUCUGUGCUCUCGCAUGUCUUUGUAUCCUGGGAGACCCCCGUGAGACUCUCCCGAAAUAUCUGGAUGUGCCGACGCUCAUAUCGUGGCUCUCUUCUCGUCAAUACGCACCAGAAGGAGGUUUCGCUGGGCGCACGAACAAACUUGUAGACGGUUGUUACUCGCAUUGGAUUGGUGGCUGCUGGCCACUGCUCGACGCUUGUCUUGCGGGUUCGGCAGAGAACCACGGGGCCCCUCACAAUGACAGUCUCUAUAGCCGAGAGGCACUGACGCGUUAUAUCUUGUGCUGUGGACAGGAUACCACCAAGCGAGGCGGAUUGAGGGACAAGCCCGGAAUGUUCUCGGAUGGAUAUCAUACAUGUUAUUUGCUCGUCGGACUCAGUUCGGCCCAGCACAAGUGGUCUCUACAGGCUCCAACCGACGACAUCAUGACCUCGCUGGGAUGGACCUCAGAGACGUAUCCUCGGAAGCAGGAUGACGGCUAUGCUCAGAUCUUCGACGAGGAAGAUAGGGUCAAGAGCAUCCACCCCGUCUACGUCAUCCCUGAGGGAAUUCCGGAGAGGGUGAUGCAAUACUGUGACAGCCAAGAGGCUUUCUCAUGAGCAUCCUUCGCGAAGAUGGCCUCCGGAGUCCUGUCUGAAGGCCAGCUGAAUGGCCAGCGGCAUGGCUUCGAAAGGGGUGGGCCGCAAAGAAGGCGGCCACUGAGGGGGUUGGGGGCUAGUGCGGGGGGGCUUGGAACCAAGCCGAUGCGUUGGCAGCUGUUCCAGGGGCUCUAUGGUCUCAGAGGAAAUCCAUGGGCGGAUAGACCCGUCGAGCCGCUGUGGUAUUGGAAAUACCCAGUAAUUGGGUAGUCAUAUGAUUGUCUCUGUAAAUGAACGGUUCGGUCUCGGCUAUGCAGUGUGCUUCCCUCUGGUCACGUCGGCCGGGGCCGAGUGCUUGAUGUAAUGAGAGGCUCAGGAGGAUUUCCGAGUAGUUCAGUAGUUCAAACGACUGUAGUUAGCAUACCGAUCUCUAGUCAUCUCAUCCGAUGUGCACCACGAAUAGGAGAG